AGGUAUAUCGUUAAUUGUUGUGCAGUGCAGAGAAGAGAGUCUGUUGACUGUUGUGUUAAGGAAGGGGAAGGCAAACAUGGGACUGAGAGCUCUUCCCUUGACACCUCUCCGUAGCAAUUUCCCUUCAAAUUUUGGAGUGGCGCAAGACUUGUGUAACUAUAGGUUCAACAAGACUUUAAAGUUCACAGUUUCAGCCAAAACAGAGAAGGGUGAAAAGGAAGAACCAAAGAAGAGCAACCAGUCUUUGUUUAGCAACAUAACCGAAGCUCUCGAUUUCUCUCAAGUUCGAUCUGCUGAGGAUGCCGAGCUUCUGGCCGAGGCAAGAGAAGCCACCAAGUCUGGAGAGAAAAUGACCAGGGAACAGUAUGGGGCUCUUAGAAGGAAAAUUGGAGGAACAUACAAGGAUUUCUUCAAGUCCUAUAUCGAGGUGGAUGGGCAAUAUGUUGAAGAGGGGUGGGUUGACAAAACGUGCAAGGUUUGCAAGAAAGAUACCAAGGGUGAACCAAGGCAAGUGGACAAGUUGGGAAGAUAUGUUCAUGUAGCAUGUUUGGAGAGGUCCAAAUCUGGAAACUUUUUUACCAGACUUUUCUCAGGUUGAAGACGAUGGUUUGGUGAUAAAGUUUUCUUUUUCUGGUUAUUACAAUUGAUAUAGCAUGGUGGAAGAGAAUUGCAUUUGUA